AUGGAUGAACUCUCAAUUCUGACAAAGUUAAGGGGUCAUACAAUAGAGCAGCCAACGAUAACUGGACUACUAUACGAUGACGAUGAGGAUGAUCCCACAUGGUUCAUCACAGCAAGGUAUAAUUACGCAUACGGACCACGAUUGAUGUAUGUUCUUUUUGUUAUUGGAACGUGGUUGAGUGCCGAACUUUUUCUUUUUUGGCGGUUGACCAUGGAGCAUGUAGCAUUACUUGUUAUCCAAUAUGGUUUGGGGAUUACAAAACUUCCAUCUGAUGUACGGGACAGUCGUAAAACUCGAUUGCUCCCUCAAAAGCUCAUGUGGGAAGAGCCACUAGAAGUAGUUGAUCACGGCCUUCAUGGCACUGGCUUAGCUCUUAUUUGCUUUCUUCGAUUUCUCGCCAGCCACCAGUUUUCUAUGUCAUAUUCAAUCGAGUUAAGCCUGCAAGAUGGACGCCCGAUACCAUAUCCGAUUUUAAUGCGUCAGUCAAUGUGGGAACCAUUGCAUCAGGGAAGUCGAAUACAAUAUAUGUGUUCAAAAACAGUAGUUUCGAAAGAACCCGUUGUGAAUAAUUUCCGAAUACCGAGGCGGCCAUCCCGGAGUUCCUUCAGCCAGUUAGCAUUUCGAACAUAUCAUCACAUUGCUGUGAACGGUCGCUUUGACUCUAUAUACAUCGGUGAUAUAAUACAAGACUUGAGCGAGAGCGAGUCAAGGUAG